GGGUGAGACCUGCCCGCUUGCUGCUGCUUUGAGAGCCCUAGACACACACUCAAAAAGGUCUAUAGAUGGCUCCUAGAAGGUCUUGACUUGCUCCCUGGACACACUGUGUUACUGCGUUUCCCGGUACCCUGCUCCCCAGUCGACUAUGAACCAGCCGGACUCUGCCGAUGAGCCGGAGCCCAGCCCCACGCCCUUGUGCGCGGUGUGCGGCCAAGCCCACUCCCCUGAGGAAAACCACUUCUACACCUACGCGGAAGAUGUGGACGACGACCUCAUCUGUCACAUCUGCCUGCAGGCGCUGCUGGACCCUCUGGACACCCCGUGUGGACACACCUACUGCGCCCUCUGCCUCACCAGCUUCCUGCUGGAGAAGGACUUCUGCCCCGUGGACCGCAAGCCCCUGCUGCUGCAGCGCUGCAAGAAGUCCAGCCUCCUGGUCAACAAGCUGCUCAACAAGCUGCUGGUGACCUGCCCUUUCCCCGAGCAUUGCACCGCCGUGCUGCAGCGCUGCGACCUGGAGCGGCACUUCCAGACCAGCUGUAAAGGUGCCUCCCACUACGGCCUCACCGAAGACCGCAAGAGGCGCUCCCGAGAUGGCUGUGCAGAGGGCUGGGCGAGCCUCAUGGCCACGGCACUGUCCCCAGAGAUUUCUGCAGCUGCCACCAUCUCCUUAAUGUCGGACGAGCCUGGCCUGGACAACCCUGCCUAUGUGUCCACGGCGGAGGACAGCCAGCCAGCACACAGCCCGACAGACUCCGGCCGGAGCAGCCGAACUAGGGCACGACCCUUUGAGCGAUCUACUAUCAGAAGCAGGUCUUUUAAAAAAAUAAAUCGAGCCUUGAGUGUUCUUCGGAGGACAAAGAGUGGGAGUGCAGUUGCCAACCAAGCUGAGGAGAGCAGGGGAAAUUCUGAGAAUACUGCUGCCCCUGAAGUCUUUCCAAGGUUGUAUCACCUGAUUCCAGAUGGUGAAAUCACCAGCAUCAGAAUCCAUCGAGUGGAUCCCAAUGAAAGUCUCUCCAUUAGGCUUGUGGGAGGCAGUGAAACCCCACUGGUCCAUAUCGUCAUCCAACACAUUUAUCAUGAUGGCGCAGUUGCCAGAGACGGCCGGCUCCUGCCAGGAGACAUCAUACUGAAGGUCCAUGGGAUGGACAUCAGCAACGUCCCUCACAACUACGCAAUGCGCCUCCUGCGCCAGCCCUGCCAGGUGCUGCGGCUGACCGUGCUGCGUGAGCAGAAGUUCCGAAACAGGAGCCAUGGACAGGCACUGGACACCUAUGGACCCCGGGAUGACAGUUUCCAUGUGAUUCUCAACAAAAGUAGCCCUGAGGAGCAGCUCGGAAUAAAACUGGUGCGAAGGGUGGAUGAGCCUGGGGUGUUCAUCUUCAACGUGUUAGAUGGUGGUGUGGCCGACCGGCACGGUCAGCUGGAGGAGAACGAUCGUGUGUUGGCCAUCAAUGGACAUGACCUUCGCUAUGGCAGCCCAGAGAGUGCGGCUCUUCUGAUUCAGGCCAGUGAAAGACGCGUUCAUCUCAUCGUGUCCCGCCAGGUCCGAGGACAGAGCCCGGACAUCUUUCAGGAAGCCAGCUGGGGCAGCAAUGGCAGCCAGUCCCCAGGGCCAGGGUGGAGGAGCAACUCUCCCAAGCCCCCUCACCCUGCAGUUACUUGUCGGGAGAAGGUUGUGAGUAUCCGGAAAGACCCCAGUGAAUCUCUUGGCAUGACCGUUGCAGGGGGAGCAUCACAUCGGGAAUGGGACCUGCCGAUCUAUGUCAUCAGUGUCGAGCCUGGAGGAGUCAUCAGCAGAGAUGGAAGAAUAAAAACAGGUGACAUUCUGUUGAAUGUGAAUGGGACUGAGCUGACCGAGGUGAGCCGGAGCGAGGCAGUGGCAUUACUGAAAAGCACGUCCUCCUCAGUGGUGCUCAAAGCUUUGGAAGUCAAGGAGCAGGAGCCAGAGGAAGACUGCAGCAGCCCCGCAGCCCUGGACUCCAACCACAACAUGGCCCCACCUAGCGACUGGUCCCCGUCCUGGGUCAUGUGGCUGGAAUUACCUCGGUACUUGUAUAACUGUAAAGAUAUUGUAUUACGAAGAAACACAGCUGGAAGUCUGGGUUUCUGCAUCGUAGGAGGUUACGAAGAAUACAAUGGGAACAAACCUUUUUUUAUCAAAUCCAUUGUUGAAGGAACACCAGCAUACAAUGAUGGAAGAAUUAGGUGUGGGGACAUUCUUUUGGCCGUCAACGGCAGAAGCACGUCAGGAAUGGUGCACGCCUGCUUGGCAAGGACACUCAAGGAGCUGAGAGGAAGGAUAACUCUCACGCUUGUUUCUUGGCCUGGCACUUUUUUAUAGAUUCGAUGAUGGGUCCGAAAAAUACAGAAAGAUCAAGUAGGCUAAGUUGAAACAGUAUAUUUAUCUUGUUGAUUUUUGUAUUUAAAGAAUAUAUUGUAAAAAUGUCAGAAGUAUGAUCUAAUGAAAGCCAGUCACGCCUCAGAAAAUGACUCUGAAAAAAUAAAAAAUUACUAACAGUUUUUAUUCAGUGUGGAGGAUUUUUUAUUACUCCACAAUGUUAAGUUUAUAUUUUUCUAUUCAAUAAAAACCCCUCAAGCAGCUACAAUUUGUACGCCCCACUGAAUUCAAAUUGAUUGAAGUUAAACAUGAUAUAUGCUGAGGUCUACGAAGGGUGAAAGACCAACAUUUUAAUUGAAAGCCAAAAGAUUUUUAAAAUGCAUUGCUGGGAAACGU